AUGGGAGCAACGCUGGCGGGCGUGUGUUUGGCGGCCGCAGGGAUAUGGGUGACAGUGGACGAAGAUUCCUUUAUGAAAGUUUUGCCACCCUUUACCGAUGAUUUCAAGAGUCAUGUCAAUGUAGGAAUCUUCUGCAUCACUAUUGGAGCAGUUAUGACACUGCUUGGACUGCUGGGGUGCUGUGGAGCUCAGAAAGAGAGCAAAUGCCUUCUUAUAACGUUCUUCUCCAUCAUCCUGAUCAUUUGCAUUGCUGAGACAGCAGCCGCAAUAGUAACCCUGGUCUAUUCUCACACUGAGAUCAUUCUAAAAACGUGGGCCACGCCUGGACUGAAGGUGCAGUAUGGGAAAGAUAAAAUCUUCACAGACUUGUGGAACUCGACCAUGACAACUCUGCAGUGCUGCGGCUUCAGCAACUACACAGACUUCUCUGAAUCCUACUACUAUAAGCAGAAUGGGGACCUUUACCCUCCUACCUGUUGUGCAGGUCUUGAGCUCUUCCCCUGUGACGACGACAAUGCAGAUUUCAGUAAUGUGGUGGGCUGUUACAAACAAAUUGUAAAGAACAUCCAGAGGAACGUCAAAAUUGUGGGAGGAAUAGCUGCUGGAGUCACUGCCAUUGAGGUGGCAGCGAUGGGGGUGUCUAUGUACCUCUAUUGCUACUUGGACAAAAAAGCCACCUGAAAGUCUCAUCUUAUAGUUUGUUAUAAUGUAUAUGCAUCUUUUCUUUACGCUACAAUGUUAGUUACUUUAAGUGUAGAUAAUACUGUAGAUAU